AUGGAUUUUCCUGAAAAGUUUCAUCCUCAGUUGGAUAUUAAAAUCGGAGGCGAUGUGGAUUCUAAUCUAGAGUGGGCUAUUGCUGAUUUUGGGUUUACUCGAUUACUUAAACCAAUUUUAGCAAGGCCAGAGAGUGAGUAUAUUGCUGAUGAUGAAGAAAAAGAUGAGUAUCUUUCAACUACUCCAACUUGUGCGGAAUCCAGAUUUGCAAGCAAAUUGCAGUGCCCGCCCGCUCCUAAAAAGCUAAAAUCGGCUCCCAAAGGAUACCAUAAUAAAGACAGAGGAGUUAGUAGGGAAUUUUUCCGUCCACCUGAUCAGCUUGAAGCUAUUUUCUUCCGCCGCUAA